AUGCCACAACAGACGCAUCGCGGCUAUCGCCAGCGAGUGGCUCACUUCACUCUGAAGGCGACUCUGUACGGAUCCUGGGCACUGGGCCUGUUCCCUUUCACCUACGACUCCCGGACACGGCAGUUGACGCGCAGCCGAUGGCUACUGUCGUAUGGCCUCGUCCUGAACCUGGGCUUGAUGGGGCUCUCGCUGCUGCCGGAACCAGAACCCCACGAAGAAAUCAAGGUAGAGGUGUACCAUCGGAAUCCCGUGGUAAAGCAGGUGGAGGGACUGGUGGAAAUGAUCAGCAUGGUGAGCACCUGCGUUAUGCAUCUGCGCAUUUUCUGGAAGAGUAAGGAAAUGGCCACCAUCCUCAACGAGCUCUUACUCCUGAAGGAACGACACUUCCGCCAUCCAAUCCUCGGGCACUGCCACCAGUUCGACAAUUAUGUAAUCCAAAAGUUUUGCACGGUACUGCUGGAAGUCGCCUCCUCCUUGCUGAUCUACUACGGAGUACCCGACACCAAUGUCGUAAUUGCGAAAGCCUUCUGCGUCUACCUGGCGCAGUUGGGCGUGCUGCUGGGCAUUACGCACUUUCACCUAGCCGUGAUCUACAUCUACCGUUUCGUGUGGACCAUCAAUGGGGAGCUCCUCGAGUUGGCCAACCAACAGCGGCGUGGCCAGAGGGCGGACACCGCCCAGAUCCAGUUGCUGCUCAGGCUGUAUAGUCGCCUGCUGGAGCUAAACUCUCGACUGGCAGCCAUCUACGAUAUUCAGGUGACCCUCGUCAUGGUCACCCUCAUGUCUGCCAACAUCAUGAUCGCCCAUGUGCUCAUCAUUUUCUGGAACAACCAGCACAGGUUCUCGCUACUGGACAUUGCCAUGAUAUUCCCUCAAGCCCUUAUUAUAAAUUUCUAUGAUCUCUGGUUGAGCAUAGCCUUCUGCGAUCUGGCAGAGCGCACUGGCAGGCAGACUUCUGCAAUUCUGAAGCUAUACAAUGAUGGAGAGCAAAUGGAUGAAGAACUGCAAAGGAGUCUCUCGGACUUUGCUUUGUUCUGCAGCCAUCGCAGGCUGAGGUUCCGCCACUGUGGACUGUUCUACGUGAACUAUGAGAUGGGGUUCCGUAUGAUCAUCACGAACAUUUUAUAUUUGGUGUUUCUCGUGCAAUUCGAUUAUAUGAACCUGCAAUACAAAUAA